ACUUAAAUUAUCGUCGGUAAAGUAAAGCGUCUGUAAUUUCACUUAUAUUUCAGUACAAAUAGACAUAACCUCAAUGUAGUUGACUUUGUAUGUGCUUUGUAAAUGUUUCUAAUAUCUUGAUAAUCACAAUGAUUCAACUAACGUAAUUAUCUUACAUAAUUAUCGAAGAGCAUCUGCAAAAGGUCUCUCUCAGAAAUUGCGAUGUCCAUUCCAUUUUUGCAUAUUAGCCGGUCGCUGUCGACCGUCGCGAGGUCCAAGCGCCGUGUCGUCGUAACUGGAAUGGGAAUUGUGUGUCCCUUGGGAGUCGGAACGCAAAAUGCUUGGAAGGCUCUUGUCGAUUCUAAAUGUGGCAUUACACGGCUUUCUGAACCAGACUAUGACAAGUUACCGUGUAAAGUAGCUGCAUUGGUACCAAAAGGAGAUUCCUCUCAUGAGCUUAAUAUUGACUCCCACUUUACAAAAAGUGAGCUCCGUACAAUGUGUCCUGCCACUGCUUAUGCGCUGAUAGCUUCAGAAGAGGCACUUGAAGAUGCAAAAUGGAAACCAAUUGAUGAAGCUGAUAAACGUGACACUGGAGUUUCUGUAGGGAUCGGUAUGAUAGACUUGGUAGAUGUAUGUAUGACAUAUGAAACUCUGAAAAAGGGAUACAGCAAAGUCAGUCCAUUCUUCGUACCGAGGAUAUUGCCGAACAUGGCCGCUGGUCAGAUUAGCAUCAAGUACGGCUUCCGUGGGCCUAAUCAUUCAGUAUCAACUGCAUGUGCAACGGGUGCACAUGCUAUCGGUGACGCGUUCCGUUUUAUUCGUGGUGGUGAGACAAGCGUGAUGGUGUGCGGUGGUGCAGAAGCAUGCAUCAGUCCGUUGGCUAUAGCCGCGUUCUGCCGACUACGCGCACUGAGCACAUCGAGGAAUGACAUGCCGAGGGAAGCAUCGCGGCCCUUCGACUGCGAUCGCGAUGGUUUCGUCAUGGGUGAGGGCGCCGCGAUACUAGUGCUAGAAGAAUUGAACCAUGCGCUUGCCCGAGAUGCGCCCAUCUACGCGGAAGUGCUGGGCUACGGUUUGUCCGGCGAUGCCUCACAUAUAACGGCACCCAGCGAGGACGGCAUUGGGGCGUUAUUAGCGAUGGAUCGAACAUUGAAAGAUGCUGGCAUCGAAACAUCAGAAGUAACGCUCGUGAACGCGCAUGCUACAUCCACACCGUUGGGUGAUGCGAUCGAGGUGAAGGCGAUCGAAUCGCUAAUGGGUGAACAUAGCAAGAAUGUGACAGUGACGAGCACAAAGGGAGCGCAUGGACAUUUGUUGGGUGCUGCCGGCAAUUUGGAGGCAGCCUUCACAAUUCUAGCAAUCAAGGAGGGUGUUAUACCUCCCACGUUGAAUUUACACAACUUGGACAUGAAGACGAGUCUAAGAUUCGCGCCGCAUACAAAUGUGAAGUGGAAUGCACUGACAACACGUCGAACAGCUCUAAAAAACGCGUUCGGUUUUGGUGGAACGAAUGCGUGCUUGUGCUUCACGCAAUAUGUCGAUUAAAUCCGAAAUGUCUCUCAAAGUGUACCUUAUCUCUUUAAUGAAAAAAUAUAAGUAUUUUCUCUAAAUGUGUAUAAAAAGAUUUUGAUAAUAAACUUUGCGAAAGAAAAAUCUAUGAAAGUUAUAUAAGAAGAUGAAGGAAAAAUAAUUCUCACAUUACAUUUUUAAUAACUCGCAAAGCUAAAUUAUGAAUCCACAUAGAAAUGAAUAUCGAAUAAAAAAAAAGAUGUGAAAUAAACGUGGGAGUUAUACGAUACACAUAACAUUAAUAGAAUGAAUUAUUAGUAAUUCUUUGAAAACUGAAGUAUUCGAAAUAUUCGAGAACAAGCAUUUUAAAAUGCUAGAAAACAGAUUUGUGGAUCCUUCAAUAUUAUUCAAUUGAUAGAAAGAUACUUCUUUUGUAAAUAUACUGAUAUGUACAUAUGUAUCUAAAACAACAAAGCUCAAGAAAAGUGAAUUUAGUGGUAACGAACGAUAUCUCACAUAAACUGAUUACUAGUGGAUAGCGGCUUAAAUAUUUUUAAUAAUUUUUAUGCAACAUACAAUAUAUGUACGAUUUACGAUAAUAAUCCUUUUUAUAGAAUAUUCUUACAGUAUGUGUGUGUAAUAGAAGUUACACAAAGAGGAUAUAUACAUUGGAAUAAUAAAAUAUAUGUAUAUAUAUUAUAA